CAUUCAGCAUUAUCAUUCAAUUGACUGCAUUCAGUCACAGCAACAGAAAAGUUGAAUUCGCACAAAUUUGUAAUCGAUUGAUAACAUAAUGUGUGGCAUCUUUUCGAUUUUUCUCAACACCGAGUACAAUGCUGGGUCCAGCCUGUAUCAUCACAAUAACCGAACCGAGUCCCUGCGGGAGCUGGCCUUCCGCCAGUCAGCGAAACAAAGACACCGUGGCCCUGACCACUCCGGUCUGGUGGUGGAUACAGGCGAUGGCUUCGUGCUGGUCCAGGAAAGGUUGUGUGUGAUUGGUGUAAAAACUGGAAGUCAGCCGUUCCUGUCCCAAGACGGUCAGGUGCUGUUGGCGGCCAACGGUGAAAUUUACAACUACCGGCAAAUGGCAAAGGAAAUCAACGAAGCCCGGAAGCCAGACGAGGACGUGUACGUUCCCAGGAGUGAUUGCGAUGUCAUCAUUGGUUAUUAUGAGAAGUUUGGCGUUGAGGCGUUAAUGCAGACGAUUCGCGGAAUGUUCGCUUUUGUGCUGUACGAUAAGAAGAACGGAAACGUACUGGUGGCGCGUGACCCAAUCGGAAUAAUUCCGUUGUACAGUGGAAUGGAUAGCGAGAAAAACGUGUGGGUUGCGAGUGAAAUGAAAUGUUUAGUGGAAAAGUGCACAGAAGUUGAAAUCUUUCCACCGGGCCACAUGCACUAUGGUUCUAGGCUAAAGUUAGAACCAAAAUGUUACUAUCAACCUCAAUGGAUGUACGAAAUACCCGAGACCCAGGUGGAUUCAGAGAAGUUGAAACAGUAUCUCGAAGACGCAGUACUGUCGCAUUUGCAGUGCGAUGUUCCCAUGGGAGCGUUACUCAGUGGAGGUCUCGAUUCCAGUUUGAUUGCAUCAAUCGCCACCAAAAUCAUGCGAAAACGCCACGGCAAUGAUUACCGAUUGAAAACUUACAGUGUUGGGCUUCCCGGUGGACCGGACUUUGAGUUUGGGCGAAUGGUUGCUGACUACAUUGGCAGUGAUCAUACCGAGGUGCUUUUCACCAUUGAUGAGGGGCUUAACUACAUUCGAGAUGCCAUUCUACACGCGGAAACGUAUGACAUAACUACUGUUCGAUGUACGAUUCCUUUGUUGUUGCUUUCAAGAUUCAUCAAAAGCGAAGGCAUUAAAAUGGUGUUGUCCGGCGAAGGCGCAGACGAAUUGUUCGGAGGUUAUUUAUACUUUCAUCAAGCCCCUAACGCAGCUGAAUUCCACAAGGAGACAGUGAUGCGAGUGAAGAACCUACACUACUCGGACUGUUUACGAGCCAACAAAGGUACUUCCGCUUGGGGUCUGGAGCUCCGAGUUCCCUUUCUUGAUACCGAUUUCAUCGACUACGUAAUGAGCAUUCGCCCUGAAGACCGCAUGCCCAAGACUAAAAUCAACGGAAAAGUUCAAUCGAUGGAAAAAUACAUCCUACGACAAGCUUUUGCCCGAGAUUAUCUCCCAGCGGAAGUGUUAUGGCGCCAAAAGGAGCAGUUCUCCGAUGGGGUUGGAUAUUCGUGGAUUGACACAAUAACCGAGUAUGCGGCUUCCCACGUGAGUGAUGCUGAAUUCUCGAAAGCUGCCGAGCGGUUUCCUAUCAACCCACCACCAACGAAGGAAGCCUUCUACUACCGACAAGUGUUUGAGGAGCUGUUCCCUCAUCAAAGUUGCGCCUCUACCGUACGCAGAUGGGUGCCACGGAUCGAUUGGGGCUGUUCGGCGGACCCAUCUGGUCGAAAGCAAACCGUGCACAAGGACAAUUAGACUGAGUUAUAGCAAUAGUUUGGAUGACGACAAUCCGAUUCAUAGGAAUGUAAUGUAGUAUUAACAGACUUACACUGUUUGUGGCAAAUGAGCAAUUAUUAUAUUGAAUUUAGAAGCAGAAAACGAUGUUGCACCAAUCAAAAUGAGAUAGGACAAAUAUUGGAUUAGGCAAUUUUAUUUUUAUUAUUGCCAGAGUUGUAUUUGAAGCAUAUUGCGCUCUAAUAAGGCCGACAUAUUUUUUUUAAUAUCGAAUUACUGUAUUAACCAAAUUUCAGCAUGUUUAGGAAAAAAAAACUUAAUAAUCGCAUAGCCAAAUUUUACAAAGCCUUCAUUCCUCCUACAUGUGCAAUAAAUGUUAUUAUUUUUUGCCAUUUUCCAAGUACUGUUAGAUUAGAAAAUAUGCAAGUACAGGCAACCUCAAUAAUUGAAUAACGUCUCUUCAAAAGCAAUUUAAUUUUUAGCGGCCAUCCACCCUUUAAGACUGCCUGAACAAUAAAAUCAAUGCUAUGAAAUAGUAGUUUAGAAAUUGCAUGCGUAUGAAUAAGAUAUAUCUAGCCUAAUGAAAGGUAUUCCCAGCAGGGGUUCCAUUCCUGUCGAAGGCACGAAAAUGAAUGAUAGCCAUAUUAUUUAAAUAGAAUUUUACUGUCAUCUUUUGUGCUCACUGAAUACAGCAUGUGAUACAGCUUGUUGAAAUGGUCGAAACAGAAUAAUAGAAAAAUAAAUAAAUGGAAACAAGCUGUGGUUUUCCAAUUUCCAUUAUUGAAUACUAUCCGUUCACAUUCAAGGAAAAGUUAUUAAACUAAAUUUGUAAUUCAUUACCUUCGGCGAUUGAAUGUUAAAUAAAAAUUAAAGUAAUGUUAUUCUUGAA